AUGUGGAAAAUUGGAAAUGGGUUGUCGGUGUCUUUAUGGCAUGAUUACUGGCUUCCAUGUGGCCCUCCUGAUGGCUUUGUUCCUCCCUCUUUCAGGGACAGUAUGCGACUCCCAGAUUAUGCGGUGGCUGUUGAUUUAUACACUCCUUUGGGCCAUUCGUUCAGGGAGUUGUUGAUUAGAUGGGGCGUCUCUCUACCGUUGCGGGCGUCGGACAAUGAUAGGUUUAUUUGGUGUGGUGAUCCUUCGGGCUCCUUCUCGGUUGCAUCUGCAUGGAACGCCUUAAGAGCAAAGAAAGAUCGGGUGGAGUGGGCUUCUCUUAUCUGGGAUAAUGAUGUAGCCCCUCGUUACCAAUUUAUUCUUUGGCUUAUAUCUCGAAACCGGCUUCCCACGCAGGUGAUGCUUUUAAACUAUGGCCGCAUUGAUUUUAAUGUGUGCGCCUUUUGUAGUGAAGUCCCAGACUCAAUCGAUCAUCUAUUCUUCCGGUGCCGCAUUCGGCUUCGCUGGCCUUCUUCUAGGCCGCCAGGUUUAAUUUGCCGUGGAGGAAUAGAUGUUGGAAAGAAGUUCUCACCUGGGCCAAGAGAUUCCUUACUGGGAAGGACUUCUACCACAGGAUAG